UCCGCUUAAGCUUCUCUCUCUCUCUCUCUCUCUCUCUCUCUCUCGUGAUAUUUUAAUUUCCACUUUUACCCUCUUCAGAAAUUCUAUUCCCGCUACUAUAUAAAUCUCUCCUCCUCUCAUUUCAAUACCAUUUCCUUCCAGAUUCUAAAACCCCAUUUUUUUUUUUCGCUCUCGCGGAGAGAAGGCGAUUUCCAACCUCAAAAGCUCUAAUUCUCAUUUCCGAAGCUUUAAUUUCGAUCCCAGAAGCACCAAUUCUCACUGUUUGGAAGCAUUUCUUUUCCGCUCCAUCAUCAAGAUCACAGAUCAGAGCUGAAAUUUCGGCUAUUUCAGGAGUACAACACUUAAAUUUCAGUUCGUCAUCUGCAAAGAGAAGUUCUCAAUUCUGUAUAGAGGCUACGGUUUUGAGAUGAGUUCUCUAUCCAUUUCAGUUGGAGUUAACGGAGGACGAGAAGGUCAUGUUUUUGUAUCUGGAUCACACAUUUAUCCUAGAAAGGAUUUUCUUGCCAUUGAUCUUCUUAGAAGUUCCUUUAAAGGAAGCAAUGGGGUGUGGCUGAAAGGUUUGGAACGAUCUAAGGUUAGAAGUGUGCGUAAGGUUCGUGUUUUUGCAAAGAUUAAAAAGGGGAAGAAGCAUGAUUACCCAUGGCCUGAAGAUAUUGAUCCAAACAUUGAGAGCGGGCACUUGAGUUAUUUGUCACAUUUCAAGCCUCUCUCAGAGAAACCAAAGCCAGUGACUCUCGCUUUUGAGAAACCCUUGGUUGAUUUGGAGAAGAAGAUAAUUGAUGUGCGCAAAAUGGCUGAUGAAACUGGACUAGAUUUCAGUGAUCAAAUUAGUUCGUUGGAAAACAAGUAUCAGCAGGCUUUGAAGGAUCUAUACACACAUCUAACUCCCAUUCAACGUCUGAAUAUUGCUCGGCAUCCUAACAGGCCAACAUUUCUGGACCAUGUAUUGAACAUUUCAGAUAAGUGGGUGGAGCUCCAUGGAGAUCGUGCAGGUUAUGAUGAUCCAGCAAUCGUGACUGGAAUUGGGACCAUAGAUGGUAAAAGCUAUAUGUUUAUUGGCCAUCAGAAAGGAAGGAACACAAAGGAGAACAUUGCGCGCAACUUUGGCAUGCCAACUCCACAUGGGUACCGGAAGGCUAAGCGUAUGAUGGAAUAUGCAGAUCACCAUGGGCUUCCCAUCAUUACAUUCAUUGACACGCCUGGUGCAUAUGCUGAUCUCAAAUCUGAGGAACUUGGUCAAGGGGAAGCAAUAGCACAUAAUCUGAGGACCAUGUUUGGCCUUAGAGUUCCAAUAGUUUCGGUAGUAAUUGGGGAAGGUGGUUCUGGUGGAGCUCUUGCUAUUGGCUGUGCCAAUAAAUUGUUCAUGCUGGAGAAUUCUGUCUUCUAUGUUGCCAGCCCAGAAGCAUGUGCUGCAAUCUUGUGGAAGACUUCCCAAGCAGCACCUAAGGCAGCCGAGAAACUAAAGAUAACAGCAGUAGAACUAUGCAAACUCAAAGUUGCAGAUGGAAUAAUUCCGGAACCUCUCGGAGGUGCACAUACCGAUCCAUCCUGGGCAUCCCAACAAAUAAAGCUUGUAGUAACGAAGGCAAUGGAUGAACUGGCUGAGAUGGAUACUGAUAAGUUGCUCCAGCACCGUAAUCACAAGUUCCGAAUCCUCGGAGGGUUUCAGGAAGGCAUCCCAGCGGACCCUGAGAAGAAACGUAGGAUGAAGGCAUCGGAUGUUGCUGCCAGGUCAUCAGCAUCAACUGUCAGCAUUGAGGCAGAGAUCGAGAACCUCAAGAAGAAGGUCCAAGAAGCAAAGGGGCCAUCAUCAGGGCCAAUCAUCUCUGACAAAGCUAUCGAGAAACUUCAGCAGGAAGUCGACCAGGAGAUCACUAACGCUUUCAUUUCCAUGGGCCUGCAAGAGAAGCUAGAAUCUCUGAAACUGGAGCUGUCCAAGUCAUCUUCUAAUCGGCCUGAUCAGCCCCUUAAUCCUGGGUUAAAGGAAAAGGUUGAUAAGCUAAUGCUGGACUUCAAGAACCGGUUAUCUCAACCGGGGACCCACCUCAGGUUAAAGCAAAAGCUUGAGACUCUGACCUUGGUUAAUAGGCUCAUUGAUCAGAAAGCAAAAGGUGAGAAAUUGAAGGAGGAGGUAAAUCAGAAGCUCCAAAAGGAGGUGAAGCAGAAGAUGGAGAUAUUGAAGAGGGUGCGAGAGAGAGUGGCAAAUGGAGAGCCUUUGGAUGAGGAUCAGAAGGCAGAGGUUGUGCAGGCAAAGGCAGAAUUAAAGAAGGCUCUGGAGUCUGCUAAUCUGAAGGUUGUGGGUUCUGGGAAAAAGGUGGCGGCAACGUCACCGCCAGAUAUGGCAGACAAGAUAGCAGAGGUAGAGAAAGAAAUUGAGAGGGAGAUUGAGAGGGCCAUUGACUCAACUGGGUUGAGAAGCAAAAUAGAGGAGCUGAAGCGAGAGAUUGGGAAGGGUUCGAGUGGGGAGAGGGUCGGAAAAUUGGAAGAGGAAAUUAAAGAGGGGAUUGUGGCGGUAAUGGAUUUGAAGGCAUUAAAGGAGAAGGUGGAGACUGGUCUAACAUUAGAGGCAAUCGGAGCAGAUGGGAGUUCGGGGGCGGAUAAUGGUAGGGGGUGAAUUAGAAGUUUUGUAGUGGAAAGUUAUAAUGUUUUAGAUGUUUUUGGAGUUUACUUUUUCUCUCUUCUUUUUUUCCGAGGAAUUUAUAGGAUCCUGUUCAUCUGCAAAUGCAUACUCUGCUGAUAUGCAGGAUUUGGUCCAUGUGGGCCAUGGUUUGGUGAUCCAAGCUGUUGCGAUGUGAUGGGUCUAGCCUAUGGUUGGAAGAUCUCAAACCCCUUUGAUAUCAUAGCCUACAUAAUGAUGGUUAAGAAUAAUAGAGGUUUGCUUCUCCACACUUCAUGACACCUUUACAGGCACACCAAAUGACAACCUAGCAAAUGUAGGACAUCUAAGCCGUGCAUGAGGUGGCCAUCUAAUCCGUGUAUAAGGAGGUGGCACAAAAUAUCAGGCUGGACAACUCAUUAGGUAGGUCAUUAUCAGUUAAAAAGCAAACUUGCCAGUGUUCUUUGUACACACCCUUUUUCCACCUGCCUGUUGAGAUGCAUGCCUGAAUUUUGCACCAGGGCCAUCCUCACAGUGAGUCCUCAGCAUGCCAUUUUUCCUGUUUAUCCACUUGGUGAGAUGCAAGCCUGAUUUUUGCACAAGGUCUUCCUCACCGUGAGGCCCAGCUUUUGCACGGCUUAGGUGUCCUGUCCACAUGCCAGUUUUCCUUGUGUGUUGCGUCUGAAGGCAUAUGGGGAAAUCAAGGUGAAUCUCCCAUCAAUGGACAGCAGCUUAUCAACUUAGUGGUUUGGAUCGCUGAACCAAGGGCCUUCAUGACAGUAUCUCUGCUCACACAGCAAACGACACUUUUAGUGAUGUGCAGAAUUAUAAUCUCUUCUUCUUCGUUU